AUGGUAAUUUCCAAAAUCCUAUAUGCCUUAGUUGUAGCAUUUGGUUCUUGCACAUGGAUAGGAACGAAUUCAGUAUGGAUGCAGCUAUCCAUGUUCACCUCAGAAUUGCCAGAGGGCUGGAAUUUGCCCAGUUACCUCUCAGUUGUUGUACAGAUUGCCUGCAUAGGUCCACUGCUAUAUACGAUUGUACACAAGGGUUGUAAAACCGUGGAGAUACCGCACACUCGUCUUAUUCUCUUGUUCCUUAUGCUGGCAUGCGUCUGCCAGUUAGGUUUGGUAUUUCUCUGGAAGGAAACGGUCGCUAUCGGCUCUAAACGCUAUUCUCUUGCACUGUACUUGUUACUGUUUGGUUUGGCUGUCGUUGAUGCCAUGUCCAACGUCUUAUUUAUGCCAUUCAUGGCAAAAUUUCAUCCGGCAUAUCUGAACGCCUACUUCGUCGGAAUGGGCUUUUCCUCACUGAUUCCGAGCAUUCUCGCCCUUAUACAAGGUGACUCAGCACAACAUUUGCAAUAUUUGUUGAAGGGAAUGCAGACUGUUCGAUUUACGGAGUAA